AUGGCGACGCAGCACUCUGGAGCAUCGGAAGAAGAUAUCUUCGACGAGCCCGACUGGACCAAGACCCAUAGCCAUCGGGUGGGGCUGCGAAACCGCGAUGACCGGUUUCCUGGGCUGACGCAUUCGGGGGAUGAUUGGAGAUUCAAACUCGAGCUCGAGGCGGAGGAGAAGGUCGAAGGGCUUCGCGAGAAGAAGGAACGAGGGGAGUUGCUCACCGUUCGUGACUUUUUCGGCAAACAAAAGGACUUUUAUCUGAGACGGCCGGAAGUGCACCCGAAGAACUGGCGAUAUGUCCUUCAUACCACGGAAGAUUUCAUCAAAUACAAACAGGAUUGGCUCGUCAAUCAGAGAAAUCCAGAAUUCCAGCAAAAGAAACCGAAAGAGCCACAGAAAGAAGAUGCCGGACCUGAGAAAGAAUAUCAAGAACCAUCAUACACACCGGAACAACAGGCGACGUUGGAUAAUAUACGCCAAGAAAAGGACUAUAUGUGCUCAUUAAAAUCCAACGAUGGAAAGGGAAAAUCGCCCGCGGGUGCUGCGGAACUCCCAAUGGAUAUCGAUGAGAUUUAUCAAUUCACACCUGACAGCUGGGUCCCUCGUAGUUCCCACCUGAAUCGUUUGACUGGUAAACAUCCAUUGAACGGGGAACCCGAUUUGACAGAGCUAUAUGAAUCAGGUCUCAUCACUCCCAAUAAACUGCACUAUGUCCGUAGCCAUGGUGCAGUCCCACCUUUGCUCUGGGAAAACCACAGAUUGACAGUGACAGCUGGCAAGACUUUGGUAUUUUUCAUGGAUGAUUUGACUGAUCAAUUCUCCAAUAUUAAUAUCCCUAUCUUUCUUGCGUGUGAUGGAAACCGAAGGAAGGAGCUCAAUAUGAUCAAACGUUCCACGGGGUUUAACUGGGGUCCUGGUGCUAUGAGCUGCGCUUAUUGGAAGGGCGUCCUUCUGCGAGAUGUUCUUCUGAAAGCCAAUGUUGACCAGACGAUCAAGGAAUACUCGAACAAACGCCUUUGGGUUAAUUUUCAAGGGGCAGACAGCCUUAAUGAAGGUAAAUAUGCCACUUGUAUUCCCCUGGACUAUGCCAUGGAGCCAAACAAUGAUGUGCUGCUCGCAUAUGAGAUGAAUGACUCAGUUUUGCCACCCGAUCAUGGAUAUCCCCUGCGCCUAAUGAUCCCUGGAUUUGUUGGAGGACGAUGUGUAAAGUGGCUGGAGUCAAUAUGGGUCACAGAUUAUGAAAACGACAGUUACUACCAUAUAAAUGACAAUCGAAUGCUUCCCAGCUUUGUGGAUGAUAAGGAUUCGGAGUUCGCAAAGAUUAUGUUUCAACACCCGAGCACCAUCUGCAACGAACAGAUACUGAAUUCCAUCAUCGCGAGGCCUGCCCAAGGGGAGAAGCUCAAUUUUGCAGAGAUGAGGAAAGAUGCCACCUACCGGAUAGCAGGGUUUGCCUAUAACGGAGGCGGAAAUGAAGUACAAAGAGUUGAAAUAAGCCUCGAUGGUGGAAACCGUUGGCUAUACUGCGUUCGCAAGUAUCCCAAUGAACCAUUGCGACACGGUAAAAAGUUCUGGACUUGGCUGUUCUGGCAUAUUGACAUUGACGUGACACGAUUCCUUCGCGCAGAAAGUAUUAGUGUCCGGUGCUAUAAUGCCAACAAUAAUACCCAGCCUGAGAAGCCCACAUGGAAUCUGACAGGAAUGAUGAAUAACUGUUGGUAUACUGUGAAGCCAGAAACCAUAGUAGACCCAGAUAGCAAUGCAUCUUGCUUGAUGUUUCGACAUCCCUGCGAGGCAGGAAAUGGUGCCAAUGGAUGGAUGAAGCCAUCAAGAGAAAUUCAAAUGGAAAGUCUUCGGCGGCAGGGCUCUGCCCCUAAAGCACAGUUCACUCGUGAAGAGAUUGAAAAGCACCGCACAGAGCGGGAUUGUUGGAUUGUCGUCAAUGGAAAGGUGUAUAAUGCUACUGGAGUCCUAGAUUGGCACCCAGGAGGCAAAACAGCCAUCAUGGCUCAUGCAGGACAGGUUCAUUUAGACACGACGGAGGAGUAUGAAAGCGUACACGACAACUAUGCGCAUGCGAAACUAGAGGAAUGCGUCUUAGGGGUGGUGACUGACAAGGCAAUGGAUUUCAUGAGAAGGGAGACCAGUGAAAAUGAGAAACGAAGGUCCGAGUCAGUAAAACGCGAGCAUGACAUGGCGUUGAAGCGACAUACAUGGACAUCUGUUCGACUAGUCAAAAAGACUAGGCUAUCGCCAAAUACACAGCGUUAUACAUUCGCCCUUCCACCUCCAGCUAUUCGGCUAGGUCUCGAAAUCGGUCAGCAUUUGCUGCUUGGGUUUCAUUUCAAAGAUCGGCUCGUGAUUCGUUCAUAUACCCCUACCAGACCGAUUCUUGAAGGCGAGGAUGACGGCACGUUCGACCUGGUUGUCAAGACAUACUUCCCCGACCCUAGUCAGCCAGGGGGAACGUUGAGUAAUAUCCUUGACUGUCUCGAAGAAGGCGAACGUGUGGAAGUAAAGGGCCCAGCAGGAGAGAUCCGGUACUAUGGACGGGGACGGUUCACAAUCGAUAACAAAGAGCAUUGCUAUGAUCGUAUCUCACUCAUUCUGGGAGGCUCCGGAAUUACGCCAGGUUAUCAGCUCAUUAUUCGAAUUCUGUCCGAUGAGAUGGAUAAAACAAAGAUCAAAUUAAUCGACGCAAAUAGGACGGAGGAGGAUAUCCUGUUACACGAAGAGCUUGACAAGUUAGCUCGAGAGCACUCGGAUCGAUUGGAGGUCACCCACGUGUUGUCACACCCCCAAAAGGACUGGGGAGGAAAAAAGGGCCAUGUUACUGAGGAGAUACUUCAUCAACAUGCCUUUGAGCCAGGGGAAAGAAACGUUGCUAUCGUGUGCGGUCCCCCAACUUUGAUCAAGGAAACGAUCUUGCCGGGGUUGUUGGCAUGGGGGUAUGAGGAGGACAGGAACGUGUUUGGAUUUUAG